AUGCUCCCUUUCACUGCCCUCUUUGGCGUCCUGUCUCUCCUCGCUUCAGCUCAGGCAGCAAGCAAGGACGACUGGCGCUCCAGGAGCGUGUACCAACUAUUGACGGACCGCUUUGCCCCUCCUAUGCCCGGCCUAAAGUGCAACCUCGGCUCAUACUGCGGAGGCAAUUGGCGUACCAUCAUUGACAAUCUCGACUAUAUCGAGGGUCUCGGCUUCGACUCUAUCUGGAUCUCGCCCACUGGUCUGGGUAUCGAGGGACCCACCAAAUGGGGCGACAACUACCACGGGUACUGGGGUAUCGACCAAUUCGGCAUCAACCAGCACUUUGGGACCGCAGCCGACCUCAAAGCCCUCUCCGCUGCCCUUCACGACAGGGGCAUGCUCCUCAUGGUCGACCUCGCAGUCAACCACAUCGCAUCGACAAACACCGAUAUCUCGGAUUCUGCGCUGGCCUCCAAGUCGGACGGGAAGCUGCUCUUCAAGAAGGAGAGCGAGUACCAUCCUGUGUGUAAGAUCAAUUACGAUGAUAAGAAGUCGGUGGAGCAGUGCUGGAUGGCCCAGGACGGCGUGGCGCUCAUGGACCUCAAAACGGAGAGUGCCGCGGUGGCUGAUGUGCUCAAGUCGGGCUUCGCGGCGUAUCUCGAGGAGUACGGGAUCGAUGGGGCCAGAAUUGAUGCUGCCAAGCAUAUGGACAAGCAAUUCUUGCAUGACUUCUGUGAGGCUGGAAACACGUUCUGUAUCGGCGAGGUGCUGGAGCAGAACACUGGCGGACCGGCAGCGUAUACUCAGGGGGACAAUGGGAUCGACUCGGUCUUUGGUUUCGGCAUGACGAAAGGCGCCGUCGAGGUCUUUGCCAAAGAUAAGCCCAUGUCCACCCUCGCCCGCUUCGCCAAAGAAGCGCUUACCGCCUACGCCGACCCGACCGUCAUCGGCGCCGUCCUUGACAACCACGACCUUCCCCGCUUCAACUCUCUUGCUUCCGACAAGUCGAACGUCUACAAUGCCAUGGCGCUGCAAUUCCUCUUUGGCGGUAUCCCGACCAUGUACUACGGUCUCGAGCAGAACAUGACGGGCGAGGAGGACCCGCAGAACCGGCAGGCGCUCUGGCUGAAUGGAGAGCUCAAGACGGACGGCGAGAGCUACCAGAGGAUCAAGAGGUUGAAUCUGGUCAGGAAGAAGAUGGGCGAGCUGGGGGGUUUCCACGAGGUCCUCGCGAGUCAGGUGGCGGUGCAGGACGAUGACAUUGCGUUUGAGAGGAAUGGCGGCCUGCUUGUCUUGACCAAGCGCGGUGAAGGCCAGGGUGGCGAGUGGACAGUCAGCGAGGCUGGCUUCUCCGCCAGCGCCAAGGUCGUCGACCUUCUCUCUUGCACGACCGCUACGGCUGGAGCGGACGGAUCACUCAAGAUCACCUUCAAGAAUGGCUUCCCUUCUUUCUACGUCACUAGCGAGAUCGCUGGUCAGACCGGCAUAUGCGGUGGGUCCAAGGAGGCAGACACUGCUCCCGCCAGCUCCAGCGCGAGCGCUAGCUCCACCUUCUCCGCUAGCUCUGACGCCUCCACCUCUAUUGCGGGCUCUGCGACCUCGUCAUCUGCCCAGUUGAACGCUCCAGACCUCAUUGCGUCCGAAGUUGGCAGUACGGGCAGCAGUGCCACCGCGGUCCCCGCUACGACCACCUUCACUAGCUCUGCGUCCGCUUCCUCGGCGUUGACCGACUGA